AUGGAUGCUUUGGCGUGGCCGUUCCUGGAGGAUGAGCAGCGACUGGUCUGGGCUGCGGUGUUGGAGUUCGACGCAGCGUUGCCUCCCUGGUUCUUCGAGCGGCACAACUUCACACAUCGGCGCCUAGGAGUGGACCUCUUCAGCUUGGACGGCCAGCAGGCGAUUCUUUGCCGGGCGGGGAAUGCCACCGGCAGGGAUGUGAAGCGGUUCCUGCGAACAGCCAACUGCCUCUUCGAGGCUCCUUGCUGUACACUCUGGACGGAACGCGGCUGCAACGUCUCUGCCGACUCCGAAAGCUGGCUGAAAGAAUACGGCGGUCAGCGGAAGAUCCUGACCAAGAAGAGAUUGCGCCACCUGUGCUGCGACGCUGCCGCCGCUUUAGUCCUGACGUCUGGUCAGGCUUUAGCUGAAGAGUCGUCGCACCCACCGCUGCGGCUUUGCCAGGAGGCGUGCCUGGAGGCGUGCGCCAAGGGAGCCCGGGUCAUCGAGAUGGCCUGCGGCACUGGGAAGACGCGCGUCAUCCGCGAGCUGACGACCAAGCAGACGGGGAAGGUCUUGGUCACGGUCCCAUCACGUGUGCUUCUGGAGCAGUUCGCCGAGGAGAUGCCCGGCUUCUGCAAGGUGGGCACAGGCUACAACGACAAGAUCGACUUUUCAUGCAGAGGUUUCAUUUCAGUGACUGACUCGGUGCAGCUGCUGAAGAACCUGGCGUUCGAGGCGUGUUUUGUCGAUGAAGGCCAUCACCCUUUGCCACAAGGAAUGCCGAGCAGCAAAGAUCUUUUCAAGUUCUCGGCCACGCAUAAAGAGGACGUGGAUUUUCGGUACAGUUUGGGCGAGGCGAUCGAGCAGGGGGUGCUGUCUGACUACGACUUGACGGUGCCGGCUGCGCCCGGCGCCAAGCCAGCCGAAGUGGUGCCUCGACAACACGUCGCCGGUGCGGAAGCGUCCAUGGAAUCCAAGGAAGAGGGUCCGAGAAGUUUGACGCGCCGUCGAGCCUCCAAGCUGAAGGUGAAGCUUGGAGAUGUCGCUGAGAUGUUUGGAAGCGGUCAUGCAGACCAGCUGGACAGAUUUUUGGGAGCGAUAGCUCAGGCGGACAGUCGGUUUUCCGACAAGGACAUCAGGGUGUUGCAGUCUCGUCUUUGGGUGACGGACUGCAGGCUGCAGCAGCCAGCCAUGCAGCAGCUACUUGCUCGAGAUGUGCUCUACCAGCUGGCGUUGAUCCUGCAGCAGAACGAUGCAUGGGAUCUGCGCUUGCAGGCUGUCGAGAAGUUCGACCGAGAACAUGGCAUGCUGCCGAGGCAAAUCAGCAGCCAGCUUGAGGAGAGAACUCUGGGACAGUGGCUGCACAAUGUUGGCUACAGGCAGAAGCAGCAGAUGCUUUCAGGCGGCAGGGUGCAGAAGCUGUUGAAUUCGUCAUCUAGCAGGUUGCGGGCCCGAGCUGCACGGUGGCUGGAACCAAAUGCCUUUGUUAAGGCAUGGUUAGAGGAGUUGCGGCGGUUCGUUCGCAAGCAUAAUCGCAUGCCCGACAACAGAAAAGGCCGCACAACAGCCGAGUUGCGAUUGUUGAGAAGCCUAUUUCGACUUGCCGAUCCUGCCAAGGGGAACUACCAGAGGCGCUUGCAGCUGUUGGAGAAAGUCGACCCCAUCGUUUCGGACUGGGUGAAGUCCAGGCGAACACGGAAGGUCCAAGUCCAGAGGGCAAGGUGGAGUCGUCAGUUCCACAGCCUGCUUGACUUCGUGGAGGUGCAUGGAAGGCUGCCGCAAACAAGGCUCGAAGAACGUAGCUAUACUUGGUUAGGCAGGCAGAAGAGACAACUGAACCACCUCCCGGCUGAGCUCCGGGCAAAAUUGGUAACCAGUCAUCCAUUAAUCUCAGCUUUCGUGCAGAGCUGA